GAGCAUUUUUAGCUAGCAUUUUUUUUUUUUUGUCUGUAGGGUUUUUGUUCUUUAAGCGGCAAUGGCGCUAAAACAUUUUCGUAGGUUGUCGCUAAUCUUCGGUGUUAAUUAUCAAAGUAAAACAUUUCSUGGACCGGUUCGGACGACUUUGGUGCCGUUUAAAACCUACAGCGCUUCGACGGGAGGUGAAGAGGCAGAAACAGGUCAGACUGUGGUYUCGGAGCGGAGGGGAUCCGUGCUCACCGUGGCGAUAAACCGCCCAGAGGUGCUUAACGCGGUGGACGAGGAGACGGCGAGACGUCUGCUGGAGCAGUUUCAGGCCUUCGACUCGGACCCGGACUUGAACGUGGCUGUUCUGCACGGGACAGGAGGGAAUUUCUGCUCCGGUUAUGAUCUGAAAAAGAUGGCCAAUCAAAAAGUCCCCCUUAAAUUGGAGCAAGAUGUCACAAAAGAUCCUGGUCCAAUGGGUCCGAGCCGUCUGCAGCUGUCCAAGCCUCUGAUAGCAGCAGUCAGUGGGUUUGCCGUGGCCGGAGGCCUGGAGCUGGCUCUGCUGGCGGAUCUGAGGGUGGUGGAGGAGAGCGCCAUCAUGGGAGUGUUCUGCCGCAGGUUGGGAGUUCCCCUGAUCGACGGAGGAACGGUGCGUCUCCCACGGCUCAUCGGUCUGUCCAGAGCUCUGGACCUGAUUCUGACAGGGCGAGCCAUCGGAGCGCAGGAGGCUCUGGCCUACGGGCUGGCCAAUAGAGUUGUUCCUGAUGGACAAGCCUUGCAGGCAGCUCUGCAGCUAGCUGAGCAGAUCAGCUCCUUCCCUCAGCAGUGUCUGCGCUCGGACCGCUCCUCGGCUGUCUACAGCUGCUACGAUGCUGCCACUUUUACCCAGGCCAUGCAGUACGAGUUUGACCACAGCACUCCCGUCAUUCAGACUGAAGCCAUCAGGGGGGCGAUCCAGUUCGCUGCUGGAGCCAAAAAGGAGGAAAGUUCUGAGAUUUUAGCUCGCAGGAGGAAUUGGAUUCAGAUAAGGCGAGAUACGAACAGCUUCGGCUCCUAUCGUCAGGACCGUCACGCCGUCUGAGGGCAGCGCUGAGACAAAACACAGGUCAGGGUGAAAGGAAUCAUGGGAGACCGGAGACAGACCGGUUCCUUUGGUCUUCAGGUGGAGGUUUCUCAAAACUGGCUGUAGAUUUUUUUGAAAUUUUGUGGGUUUUUUUUAUUUUAUUUUAUUUUAUUUUUUUGUCUUCAUAUGUUCCCAAUUGAGGAACGGCGAACAAACAGGGUUUUCUUUUAGGAAAACAACAGAAAAAAGUCAGCUUUUUAUAAUUUCUCCGUCUGAUUUCAGCACUUUAACYGUGGAUUUACUGAGCUAAAUUCAGAUGAUUUGCAGCACUGGAGUUUAUUAAGAAACACUUGAUUGUGGAGCUUUUCUUAAAUCAGCUGAUGCUCCUUCUGUCUGCAGGAAACACUCCUGCAGGCAGAAAUCUGCACGUCUGCUGACGUUUGUGUUAAAAKAAAUUGAACGAUAAUUCUGUUUUUUAAUGAUAAUAACUGUUAUUUCCCCUCAAGAACAACAGAACCAGAACGUGAUGGCUUAUUGAGGUUCUUUAGGUGAAAGUUUUCUAAAACUUCUGUUUACGUACUCAAAUGUUUUGAUAUUAAACACACAUUUUUCAAUUUAAGGACUAUAUCACCUGCUGCCUUUAAUGUCAGAGUUUUAGAACAUUUUUUGUUGAGAGWUUAGUCAUUUUUGUCAAAUGUGGAAAAUAACAUUCAGCACUAUUGCUAAAAUUCCCCCUCAGAUUAUGC